CGUGAUUGUUGCCAUGACGCGUGGUGCUCUGUAGGAUAGGCCAGUCUACGUCCUCAACUUUCACCAACUCGUCUGUAGUACACAGCUACAGGAUGUACGGUCUACUGUUGGAGAACAUGUCAGAGUUUAUCAAGCAGGUGUACGGCGAGGACCGCUGGGAAGAGAUACGUCGUCUCGCUCAGGUUGACUCCCCGAGCUUCAGCGUACACCAGGUCUACCCCGAGACACUCAUACCGAAACUCGCUAAGAAGGCCAUCCAGGUACUUGGAGUGACCGAGAGAGAGUUUUUUGACCAGAUGGGAGUUCACUUCGUUGGGUUCGUGGGCCAGUAUGGAUACGACCGAGUACUCUCAGUGCUAGGCCGUCAUAUGCGAGACUUCCUCAACGGACUGGACAACCUUCACGAGUACCUCAAGUUCUCAUAUCCUCGCAUGAGAGCCCCGUCGUUCAUAUGUGAGAACGAGACGCGCCAAGGUCUAACGCUGCACUACCGCAGCAAGCGGAGAGGCUUCGUCUACUACACCAUGGGGCAGAUACGUGAGGUCGCCAGACACUUCUAUCAUAAGGAAAUGAGGAUAGAGCUAGUUAGAGAGGAAGUCUUGUUUGACACUGUUCACGUCACCUUCCAACUCACCUUCGACAAUAGAGCGUUCACCUUGGCUUCUCUCACACUCACAAGAGAAGAGAGACAUCUUCCAAUCAGCGCCUCCGUUCUCUUUGAGAUCUUCCCUUUCUGUAUUGUUUUUGGGUCUGAUAUGGUGGUCCGAAGUAUCGGCAAUUCUCUCAUGGUGAUAUUACCUGAUCUCGUGGGCAAGAAGAUAACCAACUGGUUUGACCUCGUCCGACCUCUUAUCGCUUUCAAAUUCCAAUCUAUUCUGAACCGCACCAACAACAUCUUCGAGCUAGUGACAGUGGAGCCAGUACUGGGGGAACGUACUGGCGAACACCGUGUGUGUAAGGGAGACUCUAGAGAGCUUGAGCUUCUCGAGGACGACGGCAGUCCAGACGAGAAGAGUCUCAGGCUUAAAGGCCAGAUGAUCUACAUGGACAACUGGCGGAUGCUCAUGUACCUCGGCACACCCGUCAUGCCAGACCUCAACUCUCUCGUCUCCACGGGUCUUUACAUCAACGAUCUCUCUAUGCACGAUUUCAGCAGAGACCUGAUGCUCGCGGGUACCCAGCAGUCGGUUGAGCUGAAGUUGGCCUUAGACCAGGAACAGCAGAAGUCAAAGAAACUCGAGGAGUCGAUGAGAAAGCUGGAUGAUGAGAUGCGACGAACAGACGAGCUGCUUUACCAGAUGAUUCCUAAGCAGGUGGCGGAUCGGCUGCGGACGGGCGAGAACCCCAUAGAUACUUGUCAGAUGUUCGACAGCGUGUCUAUUCUGUUCAGCGACGUUGUGACGUUUACAGAGAUAUGCUCUCGCAUAACGCCAAUGGAGGUGGUGUCCAUGCUGAAUGCUAUGUACUCCAUCUUUGACACGCUUACUGAGCGGAACAGAGUGUACAAGGCUGUAUCGAGAGGGAGGUGCUGUGACGCCGCUGGUUCUGUCCGUCAGGUGGAGACCAUCGGCGACGCCUACAUGGUCGUCUCCGGAGCGCCCCAGUCCGAGGACAACCACGCGGAGAAGGUGUGUGACAUGGCACUCGACAUGGUCGAGGCCAUCACCGACCUCAAGGAUCCUUCCACAGGGUCCCACCUGCAGAUAAGAGUGGGUGUCCACAGCGGCGCUGUAGUGGCGGGUAUCGUGGGCCUCAAGAUGCCUCGCUACUGCCUGUUUGGCGACUCUGUCAACACGGCCUCCAGGAUGGAGUCUACCAGUGAGGCGAUGCGAAUCCACAUCUCGCAGAGCACGCGGGACCUCCUACCACCGGAAUAUGUCGUUAAGGAACGCGGCGAGAUACAGGUCAAAGGGAAAGGUAACAUGAAGACGUACUGGCUGGUGGAGAGGGAGCACAGGGUGCCACUAUCUCGCCACAUCCCCGCCAGAGAGAGUGCCGAACCUCUGGAGUGGGAGAAGUGUGCGGACAAUGUGAAGCUCAUCCAGGAGGACCGCGCCAGGGUGUACUCGCCCGUCACGUUCCAGGAGGUGGCGAGGAGGUCGGUGGACAACUCUCCGGUCAAAUUGCGGCCUGACAACAGAGAAUACCGGUCGACCUCUGUGAUUGCUAUCAGCACCGGCAGCAACUUCCUGCAGUCUUCAGCAUCGUAUGGUCCCGAGUAUCCUCCGCGGCCCCACAGUCCCUGCGGUAGAAGAACGUCCUCCCCCAACCCGCCUGCCAGGGAGUCUGAGGAGAGGCGACCCUCCAUCCAGGUGACAGUUCCGUCCCUUCCGUCUACCAGGGACGUCUCUGGACCUGGACCUCGCUGUCCCCAGGUAGCCACCUCGCGGUCCGAUGGGUGUCUGUCACGGAGAGCGGAGGUCAACCGCAGCACCAACAGUCUGGUGAGUCAGCAACAGUGCUGCGCAGGCUUCCAGAGUCCCGGGGGAAAACACAGUCACUCCUGCGGGAUAGUCUAGGACUUCCACCUCCAACAGAAACUGCUGUGAUCCUUACUUGGUUGCUGUUUACAGGCUUCAACGUGUUGGAAUGACUUUUGGUGAAUCUUAGAUAACGUGAGUCGGUGGCUCAGUUGAUACCACGGCGGACUAUAUAUCAAAUGCGGCGAUAUUGUAUGUUCGCAUCCCGGCGAAGAUACUUAUAACCUUCAGUUAAGAUAAUACCUUUGCUGCAGGAUAGGCUCAUCAUUUGACUUGCUUGAUAUGUUGUACAGACAGGCCAGAUACAUAUUUGUGUUAAAAAAAUCAAGGUUCAAUAAACCCCUUAAACAUUUUUUAUAAAAAUAGUAAAUUAAUAUAGCCUUAAAAAGUAUCUCGACCAGAGACCCAUACAGAUGAAUACGUAGAGUGUUAAUGAAAAACUACAAUGUUUAUACUUAAUUUUACUAAGUAGUUUAAUCAAAGCAGUUAGUUAAUUAAAGUGGAAUAUUAAAUGUUUGGAAACUUUUAUUUUAUUUUUCGUGCUAAAUUUGGUUUACAUUUGAUUUGUAUUUUCUUUUCGAAGCAAAAGUUCUGUUAACCAAAACUGUCGGUUGUCUAUAAACUAUGGUUUCAUAGUGGUAUGUUUAUGUAUGUAAUUGUUUACCUUCUUGUUUCAAUAAAACACUUUUUCGUUUCAUUUUAUCAAGCAGUUUAAUUUAUUAAAUAUAUUAAAUAGUUUGGCUUUAUCAGCACACUCUGGCUCAACCAGUCUUACAUGAGAUAUGUAUAUGGAACAGCCGACUCAUUAGAACAAGGAAUACACUAUGAGUUAGGUUAAUAGUUUGCCUAGUUUCACGAUUUCGUGAAUGUUUUCAUGGCAUGCAUAUAUAUAAAAGUAUGUUUACUCUUUCCGAAUCCUUAAUCUUUGAAAUGAUUUUCGGCCUAUUCAUAAUGCGAAAUUAUGUUAUUAGAUGACAACGUGCAUUGGCACAGUUAAAAACUAUAGUUGUAGCUUUAUUUGUGCUUUGUAAAAAGAAUCGAGUAAGCACCUACACAUUUGAGUGAUAUUAUAAUUACAUCAGGCCUAAUAAAUACCAGCAUUAUCUACUUAAAAUGUUAAAUGUAUGGUUUCAUUAAUUCUAGUUAAAAGAACAACCAAACUAAUAACUUACAAUUCAUUAAUUAUAUUUUUACAAAUGCUUCUUACUGUGACUUUUUAGUUAAAAAUUAAUUACUGCUCUUGUACUGUAUUAAAUGCUUUGAAGUUUCCGGAUGAAAGAGCGUUGUUCGGUUGGAUUACAACAAUUCUUUCUUUUGAAGAAUACAUUUAGAAUAACAUUUUUCGACUAGUUAACAAAUAAAAUGUUUUAAUUAUUGAUAGAGGUCAAAUGUAAAAGACUGUAAUGUCAAUAUUUGUAGUAACAAUUCAAUGGCAAAUAUUAACGAAACAUUUUUUUUAAACAAACUUACGUGUUUCAUCCGGAUUUUUCUAUUAUAGUUUAUCAUUGCCGUUAUAAGUCCAAGGAAACCGUAGAUAAUAUUUUGGGAAUUAUAAAUAAAUUUACUUUCACUUAUUAUACUCACUUUUAGCUACAAGUUAAAUAUGAGUUUGCAUUUUGAGUGUGAAGAGACUUUGAAGUGCUUACAAAUAAAAAAACCGUGUUAUUUUUAUAGGUUAAAAUUGUAUAUGUUAGAGUAAUAUUCUGGUUGAUAGAAUUUUCUUGAUAUUAAAUCAAAAUUGUAUGUUUUUUAAGUGUUGCAUUUAAGUUUACAAAAGUCUAUUUUGAUGUUAUGGUUAAACUUUUAAAUGUUUAUUUUUUCGGCGAUAUGAAUAGAAAUUAGAACAAUCUCAAUGUUUGAAGACAAUAUUAACUUUCCUUAGAAAUAGUUCUUAAAUUUACCAGACAAUUUAAAUUGUAGUUUGUUUAAAAUUGAAUUGUAUCUUCCUAGAUCUCCCUCUCUCUACGUUUGUGAUAUGUAACGAGUUUAGUUUUAAGUGGUUAU